UGGACGUGGAAAAAUGUCAGCUGGAAUGGUCAUGAGCAACUUUAGCCUGAAGCAGGGCCACUGCUUGGAACUGAAAGGUUUAAUUCCCAAAGAUGCUAAAAGCUUUGCAAUAAACCUGGGCAAAGACAGUUCCAACUAUGUCAUUCACUUUAAUCCUCGAUUUGACCACCACGGAGACACAAAUAAGAUCAUCUGCAACUCAAAAGAAGAAAACCACUGGGGGAAAGAGCAGAGAGAAAACGCUUUCCCAUUCCAGCAGGGAGCGGAGACAACGAUUUGUUUUGAGUAUCAAGCAGACCAUUUAAAGGUGAAGUUAUCUGAUGGAAAAGAAUUCAACUUCCCCAUCCGAAUGCCCUUGGAUACCAUUACAUUUCUCACUAUGGAUGGAAUAGAGCUCAAAUCUUUCUCGCUUCAUUAACAACUCUGUGGCCUCUACAGCCAAGAGAAGUCUCUAGUCCUACUGUCACAUAUAUCACAUGACAUAUAAAAAAUGUUCUCCCACCCAUAAUGCACUCCAGGGGCAAGCUUUGGUGAGAACUAUAUAGUUCCUAGUUAAAAAUGCAACUUUCAUAAAAGCUACUAAAGCGUUAUGCUAUUUUUUGCAAUAUGUAUUUAGCAGAUCCCCCUGUACUUAAUAAAAACCUGGUGGCAAGUAA